AUGACAUCACAAGAAAAAUUAAUGCAAGACCUCAUGAAAUGCAUCAACUUUUGUGCAAUCAAACAUAGGUUCCAGAAGAGGAAGGAUCCUGAAGGAACACCAUACAUAAACCAUCCCAUAGGGGUUGCCAAUAUAUUGGUUGAAGAAGGUGGUAUUACUGAUCCUGAUGUUAUAAUGUCUGCACUAUUACAUGACACUGUUGAAGAUACAGAUACUACUUUCGAUGAAAUAGAAAAACAAUUUGGAGCUAAAAUAAGAGGAAUAGUGUGUGAAGUAACUGAUGAUAAGUCUCUACCUAAGGAAACACGCAAAAUGAUGCAAAUAGAACAUGCCUCUGUUUCAUCGUAUGAAGCCAAACUUGUAAAGCUUGCUGAUAAGUUAUACAACUUGAGGGAUCUUCAACGAGCCACUCCAUUGGGAUGGUCGGAGCAGAGAGUAAAUGAGUAUUACGCUUGGGCUUCAAAAGUAGUAGAGGGCUUGAGAGGAACAAAUGAACCACUCGAAAAUGAAUUGGACAAAAUAUUAGCAAUGAAAAAGUAA